GCUGGUCACACCCGGGCCACCGCUGGUCACACCCGGGCCACCCCUGGUCACACCCGGGUCACCGCUGGUCACACCCGGGCCACCCCUGGUCACACCCGGGCCACCCCUGGUCACACCCGGGUCACCGCUGGUCACACCCGGGUCACCCCCGGCCCUGUCCUGCAUCCUCUGCCGCAGCCCCGGCACUGCCCUGCCCUGUGCCCUGCCGGGUCCCCAAGCCGGGGAUGCCCCCGGAUCCCUGGAUGUGCCCCAGGCUCCCGGAUCCCUGGAGGAACCCCAGGCUCCCGGAUCCCUGGAUGUGCCCCAGCUCCCCCAUCCCUGGAGGAACCCCAGGCUCCCGGAUCCCAGGAUGUGCCCCAGCUCCCCCAUCCUUGGAUGUGCCCCAGCUCCCCCAUCCCUGGAUGUGCCCCAAGCUCCCCCAUCCCUGGAGGAACCCCAAGCUCCCGGAUCCCUGGAGGAACCCCAAGCUCCUCCAUCCCUGGAUGUGCCCCAGCUCCCGGAUCCCUGGAUGUGCCCCAGCUCCUCCAUCCCUGGAUGUGCCCCAGGCUCCCGGAUCCCUGGAGGAACCCCAGGCUCCCGGAUCCCUGGAGGAACCCCAGCUCCCGGAUCCCUGGAUGUGCCCCCGGCUCCCCCAUCCCUGGAUGUGCCCCAGCUCCCCCAUCCCUGGAUGUGCCCCAAGCUCCCCCAUCCCUGGAGGAACCCCAAGCUCCCGGAUCCCUGGAGGAACCCCAAGCUCCUCCAUCCCUGGAUGUGCCCCAAGCUCCCCCAUCCCUGGAGGAACCCCAGGCUCCCGGAUCCCUGGAUGUGCCCCAAGCUCCCCCAUCCCUGGAGGAACCCCAGGCUCCCGGAUCCCUGGAUGUGCCCCAAGCUCCCCCAUCCCUGGAUGUGCCCCAGCUCCCCCAUCCCUGGAGGAACCCCAAGCUCCCGGAUCCCUGGAGGAACCCCAAGCUCCCGGAUCCCUGGAGGAACCCCAGGCUCCCGGAUCCCUGGAUGAACCCCAAGCUCCCGGAUCCCUGGAUGUGCCCCAGCUCCCGGAUCCCUGGAUGUGCCCCAGCUCCCGGAUCCCUGGAGGAACCCCAAGCUCCCGGAUCCCUGGGGGUUCCCCGGGCUGGACCCGCUCGGAGCAGCCCGGGGCAGUGAGAGGUGUCCCUGCCUGGGCACUGGGUGCUCUUAGAGGUCCUUUUUCCACCCGGAAUUCUGUGUUUGACUCCUGCUAUAAAUUGAUCUGUAUUUAAUGAAAUGCAGCGUGCUGGAGGCUCUGCUGAUUGUGUUUCCUUCUUGCUUUUUUUUUUCUUUAUUGACUUUGUUCUCAAGUGCAUUUUGAAAUGGGAUUUCUGCUGAAGUUCAAGCUCCUAGGCUAGGGAAGAACCUUUCUCAAGGGCAUCCUAGGUUGUACAUGUUGCUGUAAUACUGAGAUAGAAAACGUUGAAAGAAAUUAGAAUAUUUUGGUUUUGUAGCACCUAAGCUGCCCACAGUGCCAGUUAUUUCUAGUACAGCACUGGAUGCUUUUUCCUGUGGUGUGUUAGGUGGAUGUCAGAAAACAAAUUUAAUUUUUUUUUUCUGUUUGGGCAACUCUUUGACAAAUCAGAGGCUCCUUCCCUGUGUUCAUACAGAUGCAACUGAGGGGAGCUCAGGAAUAAGAAUAAAUAUGUGAAUUCAGGAUUGAGUGAAGCAUUGACCAUGAUUUUGUGAUUGCAUUUCCCACAGAACCACAGCCCAAAGUGAGGCCUGGUUUUACCUCAGCUGAACUGAGAUUUUUUCCACCCUGCUCCAACUCCUCAGCUUCGGGUUUUCCACUAUAAAAACCAAGGAAGGAAUAUUUUCAUUAAGUGCCAGCUGAAGGCUUAGGGAGUGCUUGUGAAGAGUUCAGUGAUCCUUGUUAUAGAGAGCUGAAUGCCAGUGAGCUUUAUUAGUGUUUUAUCUUUAAUUCUAACUAAAUAAGAACAUCCUGGGUUGUUUUGUUUU